AUGUGGGCAUACUAUUCUGCGGUUUGGAUAUUGGUAUGGAUUCAACCAGCCGGCUGUCUCUUUCCGGGUGCCGUCCCCGAUGACGGCGAUGUUCGCCAUCUUUAUCCUGUCACACAGAUCAAUAUCGGCCUGAAGGACCAUGCCCAUGUGAUACCUUAUCUGUUCGGAUGGUUGGAGAAUAUCGACUAUCCGAAGAGUCGGCUUCGAAUCUCAUUAUACUUGCUGAACAAGGACGAUGCCUCAGAAAAUCAGAUUACU